UAAAAAAGUGACGUUCCGGAAAGGCUAUAUAGAAAAUAUGGGCUGAAUUGAAUUUUGAGAAUAGAAUUCCUUCUAAAAAUAGACGGAAUACAAAUUUUAUUACGCCGUUGUAAAUAAAUCGCGUUCUAUUAAUUGAGUUUCGCUUUUUUAGUGCGUGCAGAAGGGUUUUUUUUCAAUUGGGAAGGACUUCAAAAGGUGUGGCGUAAGAAUGGCAGGGCAAGCGCCCCAAAAAGAUGUGCACAUAUUCGAGGCGAAGGCCCUCAUGACGCAUUUCGAUGCAAAACUCUCCGCCUCGACGGACACCAAUUCCUAUCCGCGGCAGAUUCUCGCGCUCGUGGACAGGAACAAUGAGAUCCUGUUUCGGUACGCAAAGACCCCACAGGAUGAGGUUGUGCUGAAACUCGUGACCUGGUUCAGUGAGAAAGGGAAGGAAGUGCAAGAUGUCUGCUUCGAUGUGGCCGGGAAGUGGCUCUUGGUGUUAUGUGAUGACAAUACUCUCCACGUGAUUCCUGCUUUGGCAAUUGUGGACCACAACCAGCACUCCUCAUCAAAUUACAGCAACGAGCAGAUAACGUCGUAUGUUAUCCCCUUUGUGGGACCCCAUGAAUGCCCCAAUCCUCGAACCUGCCCCAAUAACUUCUACCGUCCACCCUCGUUGGAAUUGGAGUCAACUCUCAGACGAAUCGGUGCUGAACCGGAUGCAGAAAAGCUCACCCUGGAUGAGCUGUAUUCCACACAGAGAAUCGACAAACUCCUCUCCACCUACCCUGUUCCCAGCACAUACUCCACACUUGACAAGGAAUCAGAGGUGGAAGAGAAGAAAGAGGAAGCUCCAGAGGCUACUACAUCACCCUGCCCCUAUCCCACAGCUGUGGUUUGGUGGCAGACAAGCAAAUGCAAGAAUAGAGCCAUUAUAGGCUACUCAGACGGAUCGAUAUUCAUCGUCUCCCUCACUCCCAACUGCCCACUUGUCGCAUACACCGCAGUUAGUGGGUGCUCCAUACAGAAGUUACGAAUCUGCCGGGAUGCUGGUGGAGAGACCACAACUCUCCUAAUUCACACAACUAAACGAUCUCAGUGGAAGCUUCUGCUGGAGCACAAAAAGAUAAAUUUCACCUAUCCGGGGGAGCCGUCUAGUCCGGAAACGCGGAGUACAUCACAGGAGAGCGAGGAGGGUGUUGAAGCAACACCAGAGUGCAAUUCAAUUGAUAGUGAUUGGCAAAUUGUGAUAACAAAGACUGAUGAUGUGGGUGAAGUGGAUCAGCCACACCCAUCCGUGCCAUCGAUUAGCGUUACCGUGGACGAGGGCAGGCAGCCCGAAGACCAAGUCCCAAAGGCAGCGCACAGUGCGCAGAUUGCAAUACCAAAGCUCUUCUUUCCCUCCACAAUGGCAAAGUUGACAUCCCUCAAGAAUAUGGGGGCGAAGAAGAUUGGGGCUCUCAAGCAGAUUCUCUGCGAGGCAAAGACAAAGAAUGCCGAAGCAAUUGAGAGGCCGCGCGAGGAGGCAGUUGCCUUUGAAAUAAUCGAACCACCGUGCAUCUCUCCGGAGAUUCUCACCACAGAAGCUGGACCGCUGUACAUUGUGCAGCAUGUCGACAAAGUGCCAUAUCUCACUGCUCUACAUCACGAUGUUAAGACCCUUUCGGUGCACAUGAUGGACAUUAAUUUGAGGCCCAUUCACAUCUACGAUAUUCCCGAGAAGACGGAAAAUAUUCUCCUCACCCGGAACCUCCUGUACGUUGUGCAUGAAGUUGUUGAGGAAGAUGAGGAGGAUCCUGCAGAGAGCAACAGUUCUACAGUUGAAGCAUGCUCCGUGCUAAGUCGGGUACAUGCAGAGACCAAUAUGGAGAUUGAUCCUAAAUACAAAGAGAGAUCUCUCUUAACGUACUUCCCCUUUAAAAAUGAAAAAAUCCUCAAUAUCCAUCGCAUUGCAACGACAGAGGGGAUAGUCUUGUGUACCCCAUUAAUGGAUAAGAAUAAUCCAAAAGAUGAUCAAAUGAAUGGCAUGACUGUGAUGAACUACGUAAAGGUGCGCAAUCAGUACGCCACGAGCGAAAGGGAUGAACCGAAGACCUUUCAGGCUGUCUUCCCGGCGGUUCACUAUGAGAAAUGCCUCGUUGUAACGGAUAAGAAUGUUUACUGCAUCGAACUGAGUGAUAGGCCAGAGAAGAUUUUUAUGAGUUUAGCUCUUCAGGCGCAAUGGGGGCAGUGUGAGUACUUCUGUGAUGCCUUCAAUAUAUCCUACACGCAGUGCAUUGAAUUUGUGGGGGAUGAAUUGUUGCGACAGAAGAAGGUUACUCAGGCUCUCAUUACGUACAACAUGGCCAGGAUUCCUCCGAUUAGGACAGCAAUGAAGUUGGCAAUGUGCGGAGAGAGUUAUGCGCUACUCCAUCUCUGUGCCAUGGCGCUGAAGUCGGUGCAUUUGCUGAAGAGUGUUCAUCCGACAGGACCACACAUGGGGGCCAUAAUGAAGGAUGCAGAACUCCGGAAUGUCCCACACAAGGUGACCUCUUCGGCACCAAAGUCAAGUGGACCAAAGGAUCUCAACACGGGUGUCAGUUGCAGUGAUUUCAGCUAUCAAAAUGACGAAGUUACAACGGAAUUGCAAAUGGCCAUCACGUCGCAAUUCCACUUGUCCAAUCUGAUGUUCCUAACACUCUGUGAAAAGACCCUCACGGAUAAGAACUUUAUACCCUUGUGGAAUUUCAUUGCAAGCAAUACAAAGUUCCACAUUCAACUCUCGAGUGCAAUUCUCGCACAGAGUGGUCUGUACUCCUCAGCGAUACUCCUGGCAAAGACAAGAGGUUCAGUUUUGGAGGUUUUCACAAAUCUCGUGGCAGCAAUUGCCCAAGAAUUCGGCACAGACAUCAACUACCUUCUCUACAAUUUGUCCGAUGAGAUGUUCAUGGAGUGCAUUUCGUACUUACCAGCUGUUGCCAUUGAGUACUUCAAAGCCAUCAAGAAGUCUAUUCAGAGAUUCAGUAUCUACGUUCUGGAGAAGUUGGCCAUUCAGCUUAACCCCUUCAGUGCUGUCUUCAGACCAAUUGUAUCGAAUCCCUCAAUAAGGGACCGUGAAACAGCCAAUGGGAUGUCAAAUGUCUACGAUUCAAUCUACGGCGGCUUCUACCGAGCACUCAUUGAGGCCUACAUUGCUGUCCUCAUACGUCUGUAUGAGCUGAAGGGGGCACACGAUCAAAUAACAAAUGCCCUCACAAAUUUCUUCAUUAAUCACGAAGAAAAUUCAAUUGGUCUACGCAAGGAUGAGGCUGUUACGCUCUCAGCUGGAUUUGCGCACUCUGUGUGCGUAAUUGAUGGAGCAGCAUUCAUUUGGGGAUCAUUCACAAUACCCUAUGCCAUUGAUAUGAAUUUCAGCAUAAAUGAUGUAAAUUCACUGAAGAAUAGCCCGAGAAAUGUUUCCUUCCUGUCUGACCUACAAAUUCGAGUCUAUUCUGCACAAUGUGGUCGAACGCACACGCUUUUCUACACAAACAACGGGCUCUACGCAAUGGGUGCCAAUCAUCUUGGGCAAUUGGGUAUUGGAUCGCAUAUGAGUCAAUCCCUCCAUCCGAUGCUUGUGCGUGCAUUCGAGGGGAAAUUCAUAACGAAACUCGUUGCUGGACAGUACCACAAUGCAGCUGUUGCUGAUGGUCUGCUGUACACAUGGGGAUGGGGUGUCUAUGGGCAGCUGGGGCAUGGUUCAAUUGCCGAUGAGGCCCUCCCGAGGGUUGUGGAGUUCUUCAGGGGAAAGAAAAUUGAACAAGUUUCCCUCGGAUACGCCCACUCUCUCGUGCUCUGUCGCAGUGAGGGUGGCUGUGGGAAUAUUCUCUAUGUUUUCGGAUCAAAUUACUUCGGACAAUUGGGAGUGGGACACAAUGUGGAUGCCCCGAAGAAGGCCUCCUCAACUGAACGGAGUGUCUUUACGAAGUCUCUCGCACCCAUUGAGCUGAGAUUGGAUGAAAAUAUAAGACUGAUUCAUACAAAGUAUUUCUGUAGUUUUGCAGUUACAGAUGAGAAUAAGUUGUACAUGUGGGGUUCAUCACCGCAGGCAUUGCGUUUGAUAAAUCAAGCGCGGAAGAGGGAGAGAGCAUCACAAAAGGCAGAAGCAGCAAAAGCAGCUGAGGAAGAGAAUGCAAAGGCCAAUGAAGAGGCUACCACAGGGGAGGGUGGGGAGAGCACUGAGGGGAAUGCUACAAAGAGUAUUCCCAUUAAGAGACAGAAUAGUGCCCCAAACAUGUCAACGGUUUACUUUGCAUCAGACAUAUCGCCAAAGAGAGCGACAUAUCCGCAGAGGAAUAGAGAGCUAAAGAGCACCUUGCUUGAAUCGCUGAAUAUUCAGGAUAAAAGUGAGAAGGUGGUGCAGAAGGAUGUGAAGGAUAUAGCGGAGGUUGGGCUGGAAGAGUGGACGGAGCAUUUGACGCCAUUGGAAGUGGAUACGUGUCAAGUGGAUGGAUUUAUAAAUCAAGUCUCCAGUGGACUGUAUCACUUUGCCCUGCGUGUUGAUGGCACCCUGUACACGUGGGGGAAGAAUCUGGAGAAGCAGCUGGGCAAUGAGGGUAGCCGAGCGGAUGUGGCAAUACCCACAGAGGUGGAAACAGUGCAGAAUGUGCUGAAUGUGGAGUGUGGGGCUGACUACACGCUGGCUCUGUGCGUCAAUGGGAGGGUCAUGGCAUUUGGGAACAAUAAUCAGGGACAGUGUGCCAAAGACACGGAAAAGAGCAGCUUGCAGCCCAAAUAUGUCCGCCUAAAGGUCUCCAAGAGGCACAUUCGUCUCCCGGAUGGGAAUAUGUGCGUCGAUACGCCCUUCGAGGUGCCCCUGCCGCGUCCCAAAAUCUGCAUGGAUGACUCCGAGGCGAUGAUGCGCCUGAAGAAUCUGCCGCACUUCCACCCGAAAUUCAUUAAACGCAGCCCCGUGAUCCAUCGCCUUGUGGCAAAUAUGAAAUCCGGCGUGACGACCGUUGAUUCAAAUCUCAAUGAUUUCUGUGCCACAGAGACGAGCAUUGAUGCCGCAUUUGGGCGCCUCUCAAUGUGGAGCGAUGUUGGGGGGCACAGUGUGGAGAAUUUUGUGGGAACAACGCCAACAGAGGCAUCAUCGGAGGAGUUUAUGUACUCCCCGUCGAUUAGCGAGUGUGGCAUUCAGGUACCAUAUGCGCCUGAUGCCACGAACAUUGAUUUCAUUCACUACUGCUUAUUCAUGUUUCACGGAAUUUAUGAUGCUGAAAGUAUUGCAGCAUGUUGCUCGCACAAACAAUUCACCGUACGUCUCAAGAUGUUGGGCUACAGGUACGUGGAUGCUUUCCGGAUGUGUCUAGGGGAAUGCUGUGAUGCACAAAAGGCAAUUUUGCUCUUUGAACACUUCACAAAAGAUGAAAAUCUCAUCCCAAUUCACAUGGAGGACAUAAAAAUCUUCGUUCAGGAGAUUUUUGUGCGUUUUAUCGUGGCAAAGUGGGAUGUAAAAUUGCUGGAAGAAUACUUUCUGGCUGAUCUUGACUUCUACAUCAUCCAGCUGGCCUAUGUGCUAUUCUUCUGCAACAACAACACGGAAUUGGAGAGGAAUGUUCUGAGCAAGUAUAAAUUUUUCUUUGCAAAUCUCAAGACAACCGAAUGCGAGAAGGUGGAAAAGUCUGAAUUGAUUUUCGAAAAUGUCUCAUCUGGCUUUAAUAUUAUGGUUUGCCAAAGAUUAAUUGAGCUCUACGAUAAAAUUGAGCAGAGUCACUGAAUUUUACAUUUUUUAAGAUUUCAAUUUAAUUGAUUUUAGCAAUUUUUUUCUUAAUUUUGUUGCAAUUUUUUAUCAAGAGUUUACUGUACAAAGUUCUUUUUUUUAUUCGUUCAAAUUUAAUGAUUUCAGAGGGAAUAUUUUUAGCAAAUUCUUAUUAUAUAAAAUACUGUGAAUUUAUUUGAAAUUUGUGUGAAGAUAUGUUUAAUUUUAGUUAAAUUAUUUUAAUCAUUUAUUUUACAGAAAUUAGUACUUAAAUUUAUUUUAUUGAAUUACAAAUGAGCAAUUCUUUCUUUUUUUUAAUAAAAUAUGAAUUCAAGCAAAACUUUAAAAGGGAAUGAAAAGUUUAUUUUGCAUUUUUUGCGCACUAAAGUGUCUUUAAAAAAAAAAAAACUUUUCUUUGGCAAUACUCAAUGAAAGAGAAAACUUUUUGAACUCCCCCGCCCCAUUUAAGGGGGGAUUUUUUUGCGUAAAAUGGAAUGAAAAGAAAAUUUUAAGACUUUUAUUGCGGACCUUUGAUGAAAGUUUUUUAAUACAUCUCAAAAUAUAUUAUUAUUAUAUACUCUACAUAAGGUAUUGAAAUAAAUUUAAUAAAGGAAAUACUCUUAAUGAUUUAAUGGAAAAAAUAAAUAAAGAAAUUAUGGACUAAAUUAUCACAUUGAUGAGAGUGAAAGAGAAACAUCCAGUUGUGAUGCAAAAAAUAUUAGAUAAAUUACACAAUAAUCAACUCAAGCGUAUUUGAAAGAAUAUUAAAAAAAAAGAAUAAAUUUUGAAAGAAAAAUAUCAAAAACAUUUAUAUAAAAUGAAGGAUUUGUGGAGAGAAUCAAUUGUAAUGACUUUUAAAAUCAUCAAUAUCGAUUUUUAAAAUACAUAAAAAUAGUAUAUGGAAGAAAAUCAACGGACUUGAUAACAAUUUUACAAAUCAAACUAUAUAAGAACUUUUUAUUAAACUACAUACAAUUUGCUAAAUGGAAUAUCACACGUGAAACAUAAUGUCUACAAAAUAACCUUUUGAAAUGCAAUAAAUCAUAACCAGAAGUUACCAUAAAAAAGGUUUCAAAAACAAUAUGGGGUGGAUUCUAUUAAAAAUCUUUUAUUUUUUUUAUAAUUUUAUCAUAAAAGAUUUUACAAGUUUGUUUCUUUCUUUAAUCAUUUUAAGGAAUUUUUUGAUUAUUUUAUCGUUUAUUUUUUGUAUGGAAAGACAAUAGAAUGAUUUAAAAGUUUGUCAAAAUAUUGUAGAAACUUUUAAGUUGUAAGAAAUGAAAAGAUUUUAGACAGAAUCGACCCCUAUAAUGGAAUUUUUGCUUUAAUUGAGGUAUUCCUUGUGACUUAUUUCACCUAUGUUUCAAGCUUGUUUCAGCAAAAAACGCAAUUUUUGAUUAUUAAUUUAAUUACUGAGGAAAUGUGGAGCAAAAAAUUGGCAAAAAUGCAAACAGUGACGUCACUUUCGUGUUUUUUCAAUCUAUUUAAGCUUGCGAAAUAUGUGCGAUAAUAUUUCAUAUAUGAUUUUUACAUAAAAAUUUAUAAGUAAAUCAUUUUUAAUUGAAAAAUUUAAAUUGAAAUCUAAAUGUAAAUUGUAUCUCCGUCGAAACUCAGCAAAGAAACAUUACUGCGAAUGUUUCAUACAUUUAAAGAGGAGUUUUAAGCUCUCUAAACGUUUGAAACAUUCUCGCAAAUAUUUCAUAGAUGAUUUUUACAUAAAAAUUCACAAGUAAAGCAAUUUUAAACAAAAUGUUUUGAGCUUUUAAAAAAUGUUUCAAAGACUUUGUGAAAACGGUGAAAACUCAUCGACAGAAGAAACAUAAGCGCGAUUGUUUCUUUCAUUUAGAGAGACAAUAAUAGCAGAGUUUGUAUUUUGGGUAAAUUUUUGCCGAACAUUUCCCUAGAACAUGGAAAAUUUCUUUAGCGAUUUUUGAUUCAUUUUUUAUAUUUUAUAAAAUUAUCUGCAUUAUUUAUAUUUCCUAAAAGGACGUCAUGAGACGAAUAUCCUUAAAUUAACGUCUUAUUUUCCUAUAUAAAAAUUAAUUUUUCAAUGAUUUUAUUUAUUAAUUUAAAAGAAAACGUCACAUGGACUACCUCUUAAAAUAUUAAUUUGUCUCACCUCAAAAGAGAAGCAAGGUCUUGGGCAAGGUGCUGCGCAGAAAUGCCAAUAUCAUCACAAAAAUAAGAAUAUUUUAUAUUUCACCUGCAGAUGAAUUUUCAAACAGUGGAAUGUUCUUCUUUUUUCACCAAGAAAGCAAAAAAAGAAAUAAAAGUCAUAUGAUAAUUACUAA